UAUGUGCUUAUAAAUGCGCAUGUGUGUGUUUAUAAAUGCGUGUGUGUUUAUAAAUGCGUGUGUGCGUGCAUGUGUGUGUGCGUGCGUUUCUACUAGAAUCGAGGCUGCGUGGUUCAGGUUUUGUCGGGGUUGCAUGCACAGACUCAUGCCUGGAUCCAGGCCCUCCAAGGCUGCUUGUUUUGGCUGUCCUUCUGUGCUCUGUGGUAUCUAACUGUCGUGUCUUCCUCUUGUUGCUUCCUGAACAAACCGAUGGAUAGAGCUUUUUUGUGAUCAUUCAUUGUUUCAAGCACAUGUGACAAACUUACACUGUUUCAGCUUCUCUAAUUUGGAUAUUCGCUCUUUUUUUAUUUUUAAAGUCAUAUACGGCCGUAAACCAAGUGUCAGGACUGUAACUAAUGUUUAGAUUAAGUGAUGGACAGUUUUUUAAAAUUAUUUUCUUGUUUUAUUGUCUUAAAACUGUCAUAAAAUAGUUUGUUUUUUUUAAAUCAGUGAUGACGUCUUCAGAUGUCUUGGUUUGCUGACUUAGUUUAGUCAAACUGGAGUAAAGAAACCACAAAUUAUUCCCAUUUAAGAAGCUGUGAUUACAUGAUUUUGACUCAGUUAAUCAUCAAAGUUAUUAGCAGUUAAUUCAGUGGUCUGCAGCCCUACUGAAUAUCUUUGGGUUUUGGACUGUUUGGUGACUACAACGAACAAUUUAAAGACCUCACCUCAAGCUCUGGGAAACUUAAAGCAACAUCAUACAGAAUUGUUCAUCUAGAUCAAGCGUGAACAUGCUAAGUGCUGCUUUGCUCCGCCUGUGUGUCCUUUAACGUGUUGAGGGUCUCAGCUGCUGUUUGGCAUAAAUAUGAAUGAGGCAUUAAUGUUUCAAGAGGCGAGGUCUGCAUGCGAGAGCCCAGCAAACACUCACAUGAAACACUCUUCUGCUCCCCUCAGGAUGGAGGCCCUGUUAAACGAGUGGCUGAUGCGGGAGGAGUUCUGGCUCCCUCCUGGUGUGCGCUGGAAGGACAUUGAGAUGACGGAGGACGAGGGCCGCUUUCCUCUACCCAGGGAUCUUAUCUACACCCUGCCGCUGGCCUUUGCCUUCAUAGCCCUCAGAUAUGUGUUUGAGAGGCUCAUCGGCGUCCCAUUAAGCAGAUAUUUAGGUGUGAAGGACCAGGUUCAGAUUCGAGCCGCAUCCAUCCCAAAGCUGGAGACCUUCUACAAACACAACAGUCGGCAACCAUCGCAAAGCGAGGUGGUGAGCUUGUCGAAGCAGUGUGGACUCUCCCAGAGAAAGAUCCAGACCUGGUUCAGACAGCGAAGGAACCAGGACCGCCCCAGCAACACCAAAAAGUUCUGCGAAGCCUCCUGGCGUUUUGUCUUCUACCUCGUAGCGUUCGCUGCAGGGCUCGGCUCUUUAAUUAAUGCUCCGUGGUUCUGGGACCACAGCGAGUGUUGGAGGGGUUAUCCCAAACAGCCGGUGGCCGAGGCUCAUCACUGGUAUUACAUCUUAGAGAUGGGCUUCUAUCUGUCGCUGCUUCUGUGCGUCUCCGUGGACGUCAAGCGAAAAGAUUUCAAGGAGCAGGUGAUUCAUCACAUCGCCACCAUAUUCCUCAUCGGUUUCUCCUACUGUGCCAACUUUGUGAGGGUUGGCACUCUAGUGAUGCUGCUGCACGACUCCUCCGACUUCCUUCUGGAGUCUGCCAAGAUGCUUCACUACGCCGGCUGGUGGAGGACGUGUGACUCGCUGUUUGUCGUCUUCGCUCUGGUCUUCCUGGUGACGAGGCUGGUGGUGUUUCCUGGCAGAGUGCUAUAUUCAACCCUGCUGGUGUCUCAAGAGUUCUUCAAGCCCUUCGGGGGUUAUGUCUUCUUCAAUGCACUGCUGCUGGUGCUGCAAGCUCUGCACAUCUUCUGGGCUUACCUCAUCCUGCGCAUGGUCUACAAGUUUGUGUUCAUGGGCAAGGUGGAGCGCGAUGAACGCAGCGACGUGGAGAGUGAGGUGGAAGAUGAAGAGGAGGAGCCUGAGGAAGAAGGGGACGAGCGCAGCUGGGAGCAAAGAAAGGGUUCGAUCAACUCCAAACUGGCCUCGCUGGCUAACAACUGUGUCCUUAACAACCUGACCAACCAAAGGAACAUAAACAGCAGACUGCCUAAGGCCAGAUAGUGGAGCAGGCCGCCUUCCACGUCUACUAAACCGCACUGGAAAAAAAAUUAUAAUUACUUCUCAUCCCGCCAGUUGGAGAUUAACUAAUGUUUGACGUAUAAUGCAUAUGGCUUGUGUACAUCCAACACGGUCCACUGAUGAUUUCAGAUCAGGGUAAGUCUGCAUCCUGUUUAUCUUGAUGAAAAAAAAAAAAGGGCGAAGAAGCACAGACGAUUGUAAAUAUGCACACUGUCACCCACACCUGCAUACGAUAAAUGUGUAAUUGGCACAACAGGGAGGCUGAGGAACAAGUCACAUGUGUUGUUUUACAGAUUUUGUAUUAAUACUUUUCAUUGUACUAUAAUACGCUGCUUGUAAAUACAUAAGGAUAUACAUACCUGGACUGUGCUGUAAUGCAUUUAUCCUCUAAAAACGUAAUGUUAUUUUAUACAGAAUCAAACUGUUCUAACGUAAGAUGUGGUUUAAUAGGAUUAAAUCAGAGCAAUCUAAAGCUAGAAUUUAAAAGUAAUUAACUACCACAGCUGUGUAUCCACAGUAUGGUUCACUGUACAUAGACUAUUAAAAACACUGAAUAGAGUAAAAUGUUUCGAUAAACCACUUUAUAUUUCUAUUUUUAAUGAACUCAACAGGUCAUUUUGAUGUUGUUUUAAUCUGUGGCAGAAUAUGAAAGGCCAUUGCAGAGCUGGAUGACACAGUUAUGUUUCUCUGCAAUGGGGUUUGAUUUUGUCCGUUAUGUUUAAGUUCACACUUUAGAAAAGAUGUGGCGCCCCCUGGUGCACAAAGAAGAACAUGUCACGUCCAUGUAGAGAAUCCAAACACCCCACGUCUGGUAGAAUGAUGCCUUUACAAAAAAAAAAAUGUACUGCUCCUAGAACUACGGACCUAAACCGUGUGUGUGUGCGUGUGUGUGUUUCUACUCUGAAUAUCAUUGCGAUCGGCAGCAUGAUUUCUCAACGAGGUUUUUGUUUAAGGUUUGCUCUACUGAACUUUAGUUUUGUGCCUUGGCUGCUGUUUCUCUUUUUCUUACACUACUCCGUGACGAGCACUCAAUAUUAAUCAGUGUUUGAGGAGGAUCACAAAGGCCAGGUCUUACUGCUGUCUUAGAUGUGGGUGAGACUGGCGGUGCGGAGAGAAGCCAUGAGAUGUUUGCACACAAAUGGGCAUUAGUGAAACAUGAGGUAUUUUACAUGGUGGAGUUGUCUGAAAAGGUCAAAUGCUUUACGGCUCAGAUGAACUCAAGUCUUACUGAAAUGUGAUGAUUUAAAAAGUUGAUGAAAUAUUUUGAUAUGACAAGACUGCAUUACAAGGAACAAGAGGUGGACUGUAUGUAUUUAAACACAGUGACAAACUACUGUAAACUUAAUCAUUACCUACAAAAUACUGGUAUUACGUCUUCAUAGUUUAGUAACUCUUUAACGGUGCAAUAUGGAAAGAGAGAAAAAAAGUCUACGUUUUGUGUUGCUGACACAUUUACUGAAGUUAGCAUGCUAACCAGCUAGCCCCUGGCCCUUUUUCCAAACUGUCCAAAGCUCCUGCGCUAGUGUGGCGAACACAAUCACUCCCCCUAUUAGUCCACCUACGUGCAUGGCUGACUGAGCUAACAAGCUAACCGUAGCUGCAGUCAUGGAUGUAUAAACAGGUUACAGCUAGCAGCACUUAGCAGUUACUCCGGUGAUAUGCUGCCAGUACCUGUUGAGAGCAUGAAUUUAGCAGGUGGACAAUUCUCACAUAUUGCACCUUUAAGAUGAGAGGCUCCUGUGUCUACAUACUGACCAGAUUUUAUACAAAAACAAGUGUGAUAGGAGUAUAAGCAGGAUUGUGUCUGACUCUGAACAGGAAAUAGCACUGGGGCCCACGGCACACAGUGGGAUUCAAGUUAUAGCGCACUAAAAGGGCUGAUCCACUGAAUAACACUCCCAUGGCCCCCACUGGAAUACUGCUUCUUUUUCUAAUUAAAAACAGACAGAAAACCACAAAAGUUGUGUUGAUCUGUGUGCCCAGUUGAAAAUGUUUAAUAAAAGACUUAUAUUGAAUAAAUGAUCACUGGUGUCUCACUUCAAACAGAG